AUGGUUUCCCCGUAUCUCAUCCCAAUUCAGCAACUACCCUCGUUUACCGAUUUUCUCUCCGGCGACGACUCGAUCUAUGUGGCCGAGCUUCGACCAAUCUAUCCACCGUAUUUGAAUAUUAGCGCUGUCGUACUUUUGGUUUUAGGCAUCUUGAUCUACGCCUUGAUCACGGUGGUUCAGGGCUGCUCGUUUGUGUGCAUCUGUAAUUAUCAUCUCACCCAUAGCUGUCUGCACAUGAGCGAACGGACGCGGCGACUCCAGAAGAGCUUCUUCGCUGCACUGUGCAUUCAGGAGGCAAUUCCGGUGGUUUCAAUGGCGAUCCCUUGGACAUACUAUUCAAUUCUGAUGUUUCUCCAGAAAGACUACAUCAAUCCAGCUGUCAACAACUUUUUCUUCUCCAUUCUGACCACCCAUGGAAGUGUCUCGUGUGUAUCGCUGAUAUUUCUCACCGAUCCCUACAAGAAAUUCGUGUUCGGCUUGUUGAAAAGACUCCCCUUUCUCAGAUCAAUCUCUUAUAUUCAACGAUAUGGAAAUGUGAGAAGAAUUGCCGUCUCGAACACGAACACUUCGAUGUUUACGGAA